UUAUUCAGGGCAAGCAUUUCCUGCUGUCUGACACGUGUCAGGUCAUUUUAUAACACACUCCAGUCGAAUUGUUAAAUUCCAGCGGUCAACAGCAGCAGCUCUUCAAGUGAUUCGACUGGAACCGAUCGAACACGCAAAAACAAAAAACAACAGCAGAAAGGGAAGAAUUAAUGUCUAGUAUGAUCGCAGUUACGACAACAGAAUUAGAUGAACGACAACGAGAACCCCUUCUACACAAUCCCCGUUCGCUUUCCAAUGAAGAAGAAGAAGAGAUCACCAACACGCCUUCAACCUCAUCAUCCAACGCAUCGCCACUACCAACUCAACGCCUCCUUUCUCUCGACGUUUUCCGUGGCCUUACCGUCGCUCUCAUGAUUUUAGUUGAUGAUGCUGGUGGAGCUUUUCCUUGUAUUAAUCACUCUCCGUGGUUUGGUGUGACGCUUGCCGAUUUUGUGAUGCCUUUUUUCCUCUUUGUUGUUGGUGUCUCUAUCAGUUUAGUUUUUAAGAAAGUAUCUAGCAAACCAAUGGCCACAAAGAAAGUCAUACAGAGGACUAUCAAACUAUUUCUUUUGGGAUUAUUGUUGCAAGGUGGGUAUUUCCAUGGACGCCACAAUUUAACAUACGGGGUUGAUGUGGGCAAGAUACGUUGGAUGGGCGUGCUACAGAGGAUAUCCAUUGGAUAUCUCUUUGCUGCAAUGUCAGAGAUCUGGCUUGUGGACAGUAUCACGGUCGACUCACCUAUGGCUUUUGUGAAGAAAUACUACAUCCAAUGGAUGGUUGCUUUCUUAUUUUGCACAUUUUACAUGUGCUUGCUGUAUGGCCUUUAUGUUCCAGACUGGGAAUUCGAAGUUCCAAGCACAAAUCUGUUUGAAUAUGAAUUUGGUACUAAAAUUGUGAAUUGUGGAGUGAGGGGCAGUCUUGAACCUCCUUGUAAUGCAGUUGGUCUGAUUGACCGAUUUUUUCUUGGUGAACAUCAUCUAUAUCAACAUCCUGUGUAUAGAAGAACAAAGCAUUGUAGUGUUAAUUCUCCUGACUAUGGACCUCUGCCACCAAAUUCACCUGGGUGGUGCCUUGCUCCAUUUGACCCAGAGGGCAUCUUGAGUUCUUUGAUGGCUGCUAUUACAUGUUUUCUUGGAUUGCAGUUUGGUCAUAUCCUUGUUCAUUUCAAGGGCCACAUGCAAAGGCUGUGUUUGUGGUCUGUGUGUUCUUUCAUCAUACUAAUUACUGGAUAUGUUUUUGAGCUUCUGGGCGUUCCUCUUUGUAAACCAUUAUAUACAUUGAGCUAUAUGUGCAUUACAGCUGGAGCAUCAGGCUUGGCUUUAACGAUCAUCUUUUAUAUAGUUGAUGUCAAGCAUUUUAGAAAGCCCACGAUGAUACUUCAGUGGAUGGGAAUGAAUGCACUCAUCAUUUAUGCGCUGGCUGCCUGUGACCUUUUCCCAGCAGCCAUUCAAGGUUUCUAUUGGGGUUCACCAGAAAACAACUUGGUUGAUGAUACAGAAUCGCUGUUCCAAGUCAUGCUCCAUUCAAAGAAGUGGGGCACCCUUGUUUUUGUAAUUGUGGAGAUUUUAUUCUGGGGCCUUGUGGCUGGUUUCCUACAUUUGAAAGGCAUUUAUGUGAGACUGUGAAAGUAUUGUAGAUGCUGCUUUUCCCUGUGCAAGACUGUAAAUUCUACCUUGUGAAUAUAAUACAAUUUAAUGCUUGUAACCAGCAGCAUUGUUAUUCCUUCAA